AUGGCGGACCCGAUCAGCAUCGUUGGCCUCGCAUUGACGGUCAUACAGAUUCUCCGUCCAGCAGUUCAACAGUUGAAGGAUGCGUACUCCAACGGAGGCAGCAUUCAUCAGACUCUUGAUGAACUCCGAGCCGACUCAGAGGCUGUUUGCGACCUGAUCGACAACAUACAUCGCGUUCUCAGCACCCCGAGCUUCGUCGCUGCGGUGGAAGAAGUGCAAGGCGCGUCGCAGGUCAACUUGCUAGAAUGUCUCCAACGAGCUCUUCAAAGCUGCGAGCGCGAGGCCCAAAGACUCAGCAAUUUCAUCUACGAUCUCGAUAUCUCAGGGGCUACGGGCCGCCUAAGGCAGGGCGUGCUUCAGUUCAAGCUUGAUAGACGCUCGGAUGACCUCCAACACAUCAAGCGCAACUUCCAGGAUCAUAAGAGCUCAAUUCAGUUGGCGUUUACGGUUGUCUCAACCUGCAAGCAAAUGCAGGUUGCUGAACGUGAUGCUCUCGAUGCCGCAAGCCUGAAAGCUCAAAUCAGCAGACUCGAGGUGGCCUUGGAGCAAAUCGGAAAAUUGCUAAACGAACGGCUAGCGGCGCCAGGUGACAAAGAGCAGACAGUAAUGCUGGAUGAAAUGCGAGAGCUCCAGCAUAGAUCUGCAAAGGUCCGACGCCGAGCCACAAUGCGACUCGACCAGAUUACGUCUAUACUCGAGGAGACGCAGAGCUCACGUCCUAUGGUUGACAGGACCCGCCCUCCUGUACCACCGCGAAGGGCCUGGAAGGAUCACCAAAAGCCGCCUGCAGGAUUUCGCCCGCCAAUUGACCAAAGCCCAGCCUCGAAGGUACCAUCAACUCCAACCACCCCAAGAGCGGAGAAACGCGUUGCAAGCAUGCCGGCCACCCCGACCCCAUCGACAAUCCCGCGAGUAAACGCCUUGAGCCCGGACACGAACAAGUCAGCCUCACCAGUGCUACCUGCCACCCGUCUUUCAGACAUGACUACAAAUGGUCUACAGAUAGAUGCUGAAGACUUCGAGGAGAGAGUUCUGUCACUUUUAUCGACCGCGUCCACUCAACGUAUGGGUACCGAGAAGCCAUACAACGACGAGACAAUUCUGGCGCUCGGGGAACUACUCGCAAUGCUUGGAAAGCAUGACUGGAGUGUACGACCCAGACUAUAUCUCGUGCUCCGCAUGAUCAAGGAAGUGCGAGCGAUGAACAUGCUCAUUGUCGAAGGGUUCAAGGACAUUCACUUCCCUUUCACUGAAGUCGACCUUACUUCCAGUCUCAAAUCUGCUGCUUCCAGGCAAAACUUUCUUCGGGAACAACGGUUUGUACUCAGCUCAAGAUCAGUCGAUCUGGUACAAGGAGGUCGUCAUCAUCACCUUGAUUCUUAUUUUGUCAUUAAGGAGCAGCUUGGGAAAGGCGGCUUCAGCAUUGUCCAUCGUGUCGAAAGCAGAAUUGAUUUGAUCGAAUACGCUUUAAAACGCAUCGAUCGAAGGAGCGGCACAUUUUCAAAGGACCGCAAGAAGCUGCUCUCAUUCGAGAACGAGGUCCAUAACCUCAAGCGACUGUCGCACCAUCAUCUGGUGAAGCUCCUAGGAUACAUUGGUAUCAUCAUGGAACCAGUAGCCGAUCUCGAUCUGCAACAAUAUCUGGCCCGAGAUGCAUGGACUACACAAGACUAUGUCGUCCUUCGGGGCUUCGUGGGAUGCUUGUGCUCCGCUCUGGUCUAUCUUCACGACAACAAAUGCCGCCAUAAAGAUCUCAAACCCUCCAACAUCCUGAUCAAAGGCGAGCAAGUGUAUAUAGCGGACUUUGGACUCGCCUUAGAUUGGACUGAGGCGCAACGAGAGACUACGAUGGGUCAGCCUGAAGCUUAUACACCGGCAUACAUCGCACCCGAAGUUGGCAUGCUGCAACCCCGUAAUACCGCCUCAGAUGUAUGGUCCCUGGGAUGUAUUUAUCUGGAAAUCGCUACUGUUCUUACCAACAGACAACUGCGGUCGAAAGCUGAAUUCUUCCAAGCCACAGGAACACUGUCAACAAACUAUUGGCAGAACCCAGAAGCAAUCCAGAGUUGGAUAGCCGAGCUGUCGAAUGGAUCAACGACUGAUCAGCCCUUGUUACAAUGGACUAGCAACAUGACCGCCAGUGUUCCUAAGCUGAGACUCACAGCUCAAGAUCUCCAAACGAUGAUAACAAAGGAACAAUCAGAAGAUGAGAUCUUCCAGACGGCCGUGCUGAGUGAUGGCAUGUCGGAUGCACCCACCGUCAUCAACAACACUACCACAACAUCCAUCGGAAGUGACGUGACGCUUCAGGCUCCUCCCGCAAGUAUCGAAAAGACAGUGUAUACGCCGUCCCAUGUACCGGAUUACCUCGGCCAUCAUUCCGCGGAAGGUGUCGGUCAGUCGCACCCUAUAUGGCUCAACGUCGGGAAUAAUGCAAAUGUACCCUUCUGCGCUACACCUGCAGCGGUGACCGAGGAAAGCUACCCAAGACCGACAAGGGCUAGUAUGGAAAAGGCCAGCGAUUUGGACAAAGCUCGCGCCGACAUACCGGAGGUGCAGGCAACGAAAGCGAAACACAUAGCCAGGGAUCGCACAGUCAAACGUACCGAUCAUGAGCACGAAGCCGCUCACUUGCGAUUCGUGCAUAUACCAAAGGCCGCCGAACCCACCAACGAAGAAGACUCUUCUACUGCCAUCAGUCUUGCGGAAGCGUUCGCAGCCGAUGACGGCGCAUUCGAAUAUCACUUGGCCCUUCUGAGGGAGAAGAAUCCAAACUGGAGAGAUGAAAUCACCGGUCUGAUCGUGGCAGAGGCGCUGAACAAAUAUGGGGCCAACGUUAUGCUUGUCGCCAGCAACUUCCGCAAUGACUCUCUCGCACGCGAUGUGAUUGAGCAAGCCCUCUUUGUGGAUUCAAAGAUCAUCCAUCAACGCGAUGUGUUCAAUCAGACCGCAUUGCAUUAUUCGGCGAACAGGAACAGAGCUGGUAUUACGAAGUACUUAAUCAAGAAAGGUGCCAAUGCGACAAUCACGAACUUUCGAGGCCAGACCGCUUUCCAUGUUGCAAUCCAUCGACGAAGCUUUGCGACUUACCAAAUUUUGCUCCGCUACCUUGGCGCUGCAGAUAUCAAUGCCAAGGACGAUUGUUGUGAAACAUCACUGCAUCUGGCUUGCUAUCAUGACGCGCCUACUGAGUUCAUCCUGAGUAUGUUGGCGGCUGGUGCUGACGCAAAUGUCGAAGACCUGUCUGGCAACACACCACUGACGAUUAGCGAAAAGAUUGGCAACCUGGAGAUAGCUGAUUUACUACGAGAGUAUGAAUCAGACGAACCCGGACUUUCUCCGCCACCGCCACCGUAUCAGAGCACAAUUUCCCUCGCCCGUCAACCAGAGCCCACUGGUUGCACGUGUGAUCUCUGUCGUUUGUUCCAGGCAGUCCGCAAAGUCGACGAUCUCGUCCCCGAUCUGGCGGAUUGCACGUGCACCUAUCAUUUGGUACGUCUCUCGCUCAAGACGUUGAGCGAUGUGGACUACAUCAUGUCAUGUCUGAGUUCGUGCAUGUGUCGGUCUUGUGAAGGGGAGCGUGCCCUGAAUGAGGACCGAGAGCCGUGCAUUCAGUUUCCAUCUUGCGACUGUGAAGACUGCAUCGCUGAAAUCAGCCCACCGGGGCCGUUCACGAAUCCUCCUUCGCUACCCUACGGCGAUGACUUCGCUGGCGCACCGCUACCUCCGUAUCCAGACCAUAGCUAUUACGACUAUAUCAUCGAUGAGUACAUCAUUGAGGACGACACAGACCGAUCACCACAGGACAUCACCGCCCAGGCCUUGGCCUGCCUUGCCCAAGCUGGGUUCAAGGGAAAGAAGUCAUAUCGAAAUGAGCCGGAAAAGGCCCUUAAAUGGGUCAUCAGCAACAACGCCACUACGCCUUAUGUCUACAAGAUUGUGGAAAUUCUGCUAGACUGCGGAGCAUCGGCCAAUACGACAGACAAGAGUGGGUGCACUGGCCUUCACAUAGCUGCUCGAACACGAGACGUUCGUUUAGCCAUGGUACUAAUUCAACGUGGCGCAUGGCUUGACGUGCCUCGUCAAGCGAUGUUCGCAGCCAAAGCGGAUUUCACCCCUCUUAGAUACGCGCUCUGGUUCGGAAACGCGCUAUCGCUUCGACAGCUCUUGUCAGUAGGCGCAAAUGUCAAUGACCAGUCCGUAUACGGUCGGAACACACUACUCCACGAUGCAGUCACAAGCUUCGAUCUCCUAGGCUGGCAUAUACCGAUGCUGUUAGCGCAUGGGGCCGACACAGAACUGGCAAAUGAGGACGCAAACACACCACUCCAUCUAGCUAUCUCGCUGAAUCAGACAUUCGCUGUCAUUGCGCUCCUAGAUGCGGGAGCCAACAUCGAAGCCAUCGGGAAAGCUGGCGCGAAACCGCUAGCUAUGGCGCUUGAAGGCGGCAACUACGGCAUCAUCACUCUUCUCCUUGAUCGCGGUGCAGACGUACACUCACGUGCUAACGGCAUGACAUGCGCGCUAUUCUACGCAGUUCAAAUGGGCUACGUCGAUAUAGUGAGCAUACUCCUUGAAGACUACGAAGCGAAAGAGGACAUGCAUCGCACUGAUCUCACAGGCCGCAGUAUUUUACACGUGCUUGUGUAUACACAUGUCGAUCACAUGCUCCAUAUACUCGACAGAUUGAUCGAAGAAGGCGCAAACGUCAAUGCAGAGGACUACUCUGGGUCGACGCCGCUACAUGAAGCUGCGAAGCUGGGGAGUACUGUAAUGGUCAGUGGGCUGCUGGAAUAUGGGGCUACGAUGAAUGUACAGGAUCGUCAGGGCAAGACCCCGUUGGAUCAUGCGCAGGCGAAGAAGCAUCGUGAAGUUGUGGAGUACUUGGGUGGGACAUUGAAGAAGAAGGGUUGGUUUCGCAGGAGUUAG